AUGACACAGAUAUAUCACACUGUACCACAAGUGGAAGUUCUCAUGGGCGGCACCCGUUCAUCAUGCACGGAAACAUGUGAUUUUCAAUGGCUGCCAUCAUUGACACCAACACUUUCAAGUGUCUCACAAGCAUUAAUGACACUCUCAAUCGAUGGCACCGGAUUUAGCCCAAUUGCUAGUUCAAAUACGGUGCUUGUCGGAUCAGGCUCGUGCACAGUCACAGCAGCAACAACUACACGUUUAACGUGUACCAUCCCAGGGGCACCAACCGGAACAUAUCCAGUUAGCGUGAUUGUUGCUGGAAGUGGUCAAGCACUGAGCUCUGACACUUUCACAGCUACAAUCGCAUUACAAGUCACAUCAAUCAGUCCGAUUCGAGGUGGAGCAGGCGGUGGUUAUACGUUGACCAUUUCGGGAACAGAUUUUUCAUCCUUGUCUGCUGCACUUGUCGACAAUAACAUCUGCACAAAUCCAGAAGUUAUGAAUUACACCACUAUCACAUGUCUAGUACUAAGUACCGCAGCAAGUAGCAAUAGCGUGGUGGAUGUUGUUGUCCCAGAUUCAGGCAAUCAAAUAACCAUCACUGGCACCACAUUCAGAGUACUAGUUGGUACAACAUCUGCCGCGGUGACAAGCGCGUCAAGUACAAAUAUUAUAUUCACAGCUCCAACACUCGCUCCUGGCAUUUAUCCAUUGACAGUGAAUACAACAAAUGGCUUCGCUCGACCACAGUUUCAAAUCGAAUACCGCUUUUAUGACCAAGAAGUGACACCUAAUGUUGGUUCUCUCUAUAGAGGAUCAGACGUUUAUGUACAAGAUCAAGGCUUUGGUUCUAAUACAGUUGUGACUUUUGGAGCUGCGCCGUGCACAGUUCUAGAAGUAAACUUUACUCGAAUCCAUUGUAAAACAACAUCAGCGGCGCCUGCCGUUCUUCUAUGUCGCAUACUUUCACAACUGCACCAUCGAAUGCAUCAACAAUAA